GUCACUGUGUGGCGCUGAAUUACCGAGGAGGAAAACACUGGGGAGCUCGGUUGUGGUGGACUGAACACUACGGUGCCCUUCGUCCGCGCAUUGAGAACAACGUAGUUCGCUUGAUAAAAAUGUCCAGUACGACCGGCGGCGGAGAGUUCGGCAAUCCUCUGCGGAAAUUCAAGCUUGUGUUCUUGGGCGAGCAGAGCGUUGGGAAGACUUCUCUUAUCACCAGAUUCAUGUAUGACAGCUUUGAUAACACCUACCAGGCAACAAUUGGCAUAGACUUCCUAUCAAAAACCAUGUACUUGGAAGAUCGUACGAUUCGGCUACAGUUGUGGGACACUGCAGGGCAGGAGCGCUUCCGUAGCCUCAUCCCCAGCUACAUUCGUGACUCUGCGGCCGCUGUGGUGGUCUAUGACAUAGCAAAUCUCAACUCCUUUCAGCAAACUUCAAAAUGGAUAGAUGAUGUCAGAACAGAGAGAGGAAGUGAUGUCAUUAUCAUGCUCGUUGGCAAUAAAACAGACUUGGCUGAUAAAAGGCAAGUUUCAGUAGAGGCUGCAGAGAGAAAAGCUCGGGAGCUCAAUGUGAUGUACAUAGAGACCAGUGCCAAGGCUGGUUAUAACGUCAAGCAGCUGUUCCGACGUGUUGCGGCAGCUUUGCCUGGCAUGGAUAGCACACCAGAGAAAAGCAAAGAGGACAUGAUUGAUAUCAAACUGGAGAAGCCUCCAGAACUUCCUGUGACUGAGAGCAGCUGCUCCUGCUAGUAACCACCCCUAGACUCCCACCGGCCCUGCCUCCUCCCCACCAACAGCUUGUCUCUCAGUGGCCACUAGCUCCAGUCAGUGGCCCUGUGCCAUUAGUUGGAGAACCUUUUAACCCACCCACCCACCCCCCACCCCCCUUGACUCAGUGACUUUUCGGAGUAACGUGUGGAUGUGCUAUUACUCUAAUAAAACGGAUCAAAGAUUAAAACAUCAAAAAAAGAAAUAUAUAUAUGUUAAAGGGAAAAAAGUAAAGAAAUCACAGCAUAGGUUGUAACUGCUCAUCAGAUUCUCAUCUGUUCUGACUGCAUGGCAUUAUAUAGGAUUGCAGACUGACAUGAAUCAAUCAUUCUUGAGUUCUUGCACUUUCUUUUGAGCAUCAGUGCUGUCACACUCAUUAUUGUGAAUUUUCUUUUCUUUUUUUUUUUCUUUUUUCUUUUUUUUGAUUCUCCAGCUCUCUUAAGUUAGACCAAGGUCGCAUACCUUGAUUGCCUUGCUAUUUAAUUUCAGUGAAGAAAGUGGCAAGGGAAACCAAGAUGGCAUUGUGUAUUGGGGACCUGUAGUUACUGAUUUUUAUUAUUAUUUUUUUUAUUAUUUUAUUUAAACAUUGACAUAUGUUUCACUUGAAAGCAGACAAGCCAGACUUGGAGUGAAAGGACAAUUUAGCUCUAUACUAGAGUGAAGUUAAACAUCAUCUCAGAAUGUGGACGAGCAUACACAAUAAUACACAAUAGGAUGUUGUCAAGUUUGGUUUUGGGGACCAGUACAGUUUGAGUCUUUUGUUUCAAGAUACAGGUUUAUGGCCAAAGAAGACUUGAUAUUUGUAGGUUAUUUUUAGACAAACCUCUGCAUUCUGGUCAGGUUUGCUUUUGUACACAAGUCUUUGGGGGGAUUUGCAUGGAACGUGAAUGUACUUAGCGGGGGGUGAAAAGCUGUGCAUAUUCAGCUUCAGUAAUUAAGUAAUUCUAGAUACUCUAUUUCAUUAAAACACAACUUGUAUAAUUGUAACUUACCCAUGAAUUGUAAUUACCAGACCUAAUCUUAAUAGUAAAGCACCACAUGUACUAAUGCAUCAUAAAAUACUUAGAUUAACACUUGGCUCUUUGAAGUAAGAUGAGAAAGCAGCAUUGGAAAUUCCCUGUUGAGGAUGUACUUAAUUUCUGCAGCUGCAUUUGGAAUCUCUGUGCUCACUAUCCUGUUGUUUUUGCCUUGUGUUUGGUACACCAUUAUAGGAACAGCAUGUUAUCUAAGGAUGAUUUUAACACAAAAUGCCUUGCUUGUUUUGUUUUAGUCACAGUGCACCAAAUAAAGCCACAGCAUUGUGGUUUAUAGGCCUGCUGAUUCGCGAAGAGCUGCAGAAGUUUCAUUGAGCAGAGUAUUUGGAGUAUUUUUUUUCCUUAUUAGCAGCAAUUGCCUAGUGUAGAGAAAUGUCUUGAGGAGUUAAACCUGUGUUGCUUUUGCUCGUUUUAAGACUGUUGGUUUUAUGUGUUAAUUUAUUUAUCUCGCUAGGAACAUAAAAUAUGUUGUGUGCUUGGCCUGAAUGACAGUUAUUAACACUUGGGAAAGCAGUUGAUUUUCUGGUUUGCCUUUUUGCUUGGCUACUGUAUCACAGAGACCUGGUCGUGUACUUUUCUCAUUACUAUGGUCACACUAUUUAUGACCUCUCCCUUUCAACUGUAUGCUCUUUGUGUAGUUGUAAAAAUAUAGCCUGAGUGGGUCUAUAGUCGCUGAAAGGUAUCACUGCUAACGUGCACGCACGCACGCACACACACACACUUUCAACUGUACACUUUCUGACUCCCAACAGUACACAUGCCUAUUAGCUAGCUUGAUUUACAAUAUUGGCAUUCAACAUUAUUUGGAUAUGUAAGUAUUUAAUUACGAGAAACAACUCUCCUGAACAGCUCUACCACUUGUUGUCACCAACUGAAAACUCAACUGUGUGCUAUUCUGAAGUGUGUUUGUCUAUUUGAAAUAUGCUGUCUACUAGUGUUUAGCAAAGUUUGUGUGGAAAAAAAGCAAUGUACUAUUAUCUGCUGUAAAAAAAAAAAGGAAGGUUAAAGAAACACUCAAGUGUAUCACAUGAAAUAAAAGAUAUUUCACCAAACAUA